UAAGAUGUCUGACAUGUCAUUUCUAAUCAAAUAAGAUUUAGUCACACAAGAAAAUUUUCUCCCAAAAAAUGUCCAAAAAUAAAUGUCUAAAUUUUAGAGAGGGGUUGUGUCCAAGUAGACAAACGGAAUAGUGCCAUCUACAGUUGACAUCCAGGUAGCUAGGUACUAUGCGCCUCUGCAGUACUUGUGUGUGUGUGUGUGACUUGUUAGUGUGUAGUAUUUGUAAGCAAAGUAGUAGGCAGUGUAUGGCUCUGUGUGUGUGUGUGUGUGUGUGUCAUGGGUGGAUGGUUUUGUGUGUGCAGUGUAUGCAUUGCAUUCAUGCGCGUGCCGUGCAUAUCACAUGCUAUGCACAUGCUUGCUAUGUAUGCACAUGCUUGCGUAGUCUAUGCAUGCUGCGCUUGCAGGGCUAGUGACUAGUGAGUUAUUGUGCCCUGUGGCUGUGCAUAGUGGGGAGCUCCUGUCUAGCACAGAAAUAUGGCCAGCAAGAAAGAGUUUGGCUGGGCAAAACUGCACGGAGUUUCUGUCAGAUGGCCUGUACAAGUGUUAGUCCCAGGCAAAAUUGUUUACUGCAGAGCUGAUCACGCAGAGUUCACCCCAAGAGAUGUCAUUCCAUUUGAAGGAAAUGUAGACUACUGGAUAAAUGAAGGAACAACUAUUCUCAGGAAAAAGAGGCAAUUCAACACAGAAGUACUUUUCUUAGAGGAUGUGAAUUGGGUUCAACAGCAGGUUAAAAAUGGAUGUGGGGCACAAGCAAGGCAGAGUACUGAAGAUGAGACGAACCAUGCCCAAGUAAGGCAGAGUACUGAAGAUGAGACAAACCAUGCCCAAGUAAGGCAGAGUACUGAAGAUGAGACGAACCAUGCCCAAGUAAGGCAGAGUACUGAAGAUGAGACGAACCAUGCCCAAGUAAGGCAGAGUACUGAAGAUGAGACGAACCAUGCCCAAGUAAGGCAGAGUACUGAAGAUGAGACGAACCAUGCCCAAGUAAGGCAGAGUACUGAAGAUGAGACGAACCAUGCCCAAGCAAGGCAGAGUACUGAAGAUAAGACGAACCAUGCCCAAGUAAGGCAGAGUACUGAAGAUAAGACGAACCAUGCCCAAGCAAGGCAGAGUACUGAAGAUAAGACGAACCAUGCCCAAGCAAGGCAGAGUACUGAAGAUGAGACGAACCAUGCCCAAGCAAGGCAGAUUACUGAAGAUGAGACGAACCAUGCCCAAGUAAGGCAGAUUACUGAAGAUGAGACGAACCAUGCCCAAGUAAGGCAGAGUACUGAAGAUGAGACGAACCAUGCCCAAGCAAGGCAGAGUACUGAAGAUAAGACGAACCAUGCCCAAGUAAGGCAGAGUACUGAAGAUGAGACGAACCAUGCCCAAGUAAGGCAGAGUACUGAAGAUGAGACGAACCAUGCCCAAGCAAGGCAGAGUACUGAAGAUGAGACGAACCAUGCCCAAGUAAGGCAGAGUAUGGAAGAUGAGACGAACCAUGCCCAAGUAAGGCAGAGUACUGAAGAUGAGACGAACCAUGCCCAAGUAAGGCAGAGUACUGAAGAUGAGACAAACCAUGCCCAAGUAAGGCAGAGUACUGAAGAUGAGACGAACCAUGCCCAAGUAAGGCAGAGUACUGAAGAUGAGACGAACCAUGCCCAAGUAAGGCAGAGUACUGAAGAUGAGACGAACCAUGCCCAAGUAAGGCAGAGUACUGAAGAUGAGACGAACCAUGCCCAAGUAUGGCAGAGUACGGAAGAUGAGACGAACCAUGCCCAAGUAAGGCAGAGUACUGAAGAUGAGACGAACCAUGCCCAAGUAAGGCAGAGUACUGAAGAUGAGACGAACCAUGCCCAAGUAAGGCAGAGUACUGAAGAUGAGACGAACCAUGCCCAAGUAAGGCAGAGUACUGAAGAUGAGACGAACCAUGCCCAAGCAAGGCAGAGUACUGAAGAUGAGACGAACCAUGCCCAAGCAAGGCAGAGUACUGAAGAUGAGACGAACCAUGCCCAAGCAAGGCAGAGUACUGAAGAUGAGACGAACCAUGCCCAAGCAAGGCAGAGUACUGAAGAUAAGACGAACCAUGCCCAAGUAAGGCAGAGUACUGAAGAUGAGACGAACCAUGCCCAAGUAAGGCAGAGUACUGAAGAUGAGACGAACCAUGCCCAAGUAAGGCAGAGUACUGAAGAUAAGACGAACCAUGCCCAAGUAAGGCAGAGUACUGAAGAUAAGACGAACCAUGCCCAAGCAAGGCAGAGUACUGAAGAUGAGACGAACCAUGCCCAAGUAAGGCAGAGUACUGAAGAUGAGACGAACCAUGCCCAAGUAAGGCAGAGUACUGAAGAUGAGACGAACCAUGCCCAAGCAAGGCAGAAUACUGAAGAUGAGAUGGACCAAAGUUCUCCUCUAAGAAGAAGCCUGAAAACUCUAAAAAGACGCCAGGAAAGAUAUUCUGUUUUAGAAUCAGAUAGUGGGUCAGAAUAUGUCCCACCUUCACAUUCAGAGGAAGAUGAAACAGACAGUGAAAGUAAUUCGAGCUGGAGACAUAAAUGUGCAUCAAAUAAGGACAGAGAAAGUGAUUCUAGUGAGACACAUACAUGUACAUCCAACAAAGACAAGGAAAACGCUUCUCUGAGACAAUAUUCAUAUGCAUCCAGUGAAGACGGCGAAAGUGAUGGUGAAGAGUUCUGUGAAGUCAGUGACGACUGCAUCCUACGAGAUAAGAAUGUGAGCAACAUUUUCAUACGAAAAAUACAGAAAUCAUCCUUUGAUCAGAGAAGUGGGAAAAAAAAGAAAUCAAACAGGGUUCAAAACGCUGUCCAUGCUUGCUUUUAUUGCGGGAAGAUUGUUCAGCAUAUCCCCAUACAUACGCUGGCUAAACAUUCACAAGAAGAUGAUGUAUUAGAAAUGAUUAACAUGGAUGGUGAUCAGAGAGGAAAGGAGAGCAGGCAAGACAUCCUAAGAGCUAGAGGAGAUCACAAACACAACUUGAAAGUGUUCAACCAGCAGAAAGGUGAACUGAUAUUAUAUCGACGCCCAACAGGAGAAUUUGACCACAGAAUGUAUGGGCCAUGCCCAGAGUGCCUUGAGUGGCUGAAGCUGAAUUCCCUCCCCAAACACCAGAAGACAUGCUCUGGAAGGAAGCUCAAGCCAAAGGAUUCAUCAACAGGAAAAGGUUCUUUAAUUAUCCAAAGCAAAAUUCUCAGCAAUAGAAUAAGUGCAAAGGCAUCAACCCUUUUAAGGAAUGAGGUAUUUACAAUCAUGAGAGUUGAUGAGAAAAGCUACAUUGCUCAGCAAGACCCACUGAUCAUAGCCGUGGGAGAAUCCUAUCUUCGAAGGAACAUUGCUAACGAAACCAAGAGGAAAUAUUAUGCAUCACAGCGGAUGCGGGAUUGUAGCAAGUUAUUGAUGCAAGUGCGUGAACGUGAUGCCUCUAUGAAGUCCUUAGACAUGUGGGGGCUUCUUCGCCCUACACAUGUAGAUCUUGUUGUCGAAGCUUCUCUAGAUAUGGCCAUGAGAACAAUGGAUGAUGAAGAGGACCUCAAAAGUCCCUCCACUGCUAUCAAAAUGAAGUAUGAUCUGGAACGGAUGGCCCACAGCAAAUGCAUCUUUGCUAUCAAAGAGUAUGACAGGACCAAGGAGACCAAAUGGAAAGAUGCCAAAGAGGAGUCAGAAGGUUUUAUUGCUGCUUUGAGGCAUGAUUAUGGAGACAAAGUCACAAGACUUGCCAGGAAGAUCUUGCAGGAGAGAAGGAUGAAUGUGCAACAACAACUUCCAAGACCCGAGGAUGUGGAAAAAAUGUCGAGAUAUAUAAGAGACAAGCUUUCACAACUAGAUUACCAGAGAACAUCGUGGAUUGACUUUCAGGAGGUUGGAUGUCUGGCUCUUACAAGACUCCUGACGUACAAUAAGAGACGGUCAGGAGAGAUAGAAGCAAUACAUGUCAAAAGUUAUGUGCAGAGGGUAGGCACUACUGAAGUUGACCAAACUCUCCUUGGGCAGUUAUCUGAAACAGAGAAAUUCCUGAUGCAGUCCCAGGAUCUCAUUGAAACAAGAGGAAAAAGAGGAAGGAAGGUGCCGGUUUUGGUUCCACAGGACACACAAAGAGCUCUGGAAUACUUAGCAAAUUCUGAUGUGAGAAAAGCAGCAGGAGUGCAUACAACGAACAAGUACUUGUUUCCAAACCAAGGGCAAUCAACGAUGCGGGCAUAUGACGCAAUGGGAAGGACUUGCCAAAGAGCAAGUUUGGAAACUCCAGAGAGGAUGACAAGUGUUAACCUACGGAAAUAUAUGGCAACACUUGUGCAAGUUUUGAACUUGGAGGAUAACGAGAUGGACUGGGUGCACCGCCAUCUAGGCCACUCAAAGACGGUGCACAUGGAGCAUUAUAGGCAGAUGACUCCGUACCUUGAGAGGGUUCAGGUAGGAAAGAUCCUCCUUAUGCAGGACCUCAACGUACAGAAGGACAACAUUGGAAAGAACUUGAAAGAUAUUUCCUUUGGCGAAAUUUUGGAUGCAACCUCUGCUGGUGACCUACUACCCCAAAAACGGAAGGCAGAUGACGAAGAUAGUGGUGAAGAUCUCGACGAUGUAGAUCAAGGUCCUGAAGAUGAACCUCCUGCUGGUGAUAAGCGUAAGCGAAGGCAAAAGAAAAGGAAGUUGGCGAACAAAGCAGAUCCCGUGUUAAGAUGUUCGUGGACUCACGAAGAAAUAUGUGAAUUAAAGAAGUAUUUCUCUGUUAACUUUGUUACUAAAGUAACACCUGGGAGGAAGGAUUGCCAGAAGGCAAUUGGGGCCAGCAAAGUGAAUGGUGGCACAUUACAACGCCGUCAUUGGCAUCUAAUAGUGAAAAAGAUGUCAGCACUGCUUACAAAAUUAAGAUAAUAACACAUUGGCAAAAAAUAUCUUUAAAGUACAAGUCCACUCCAAAAAUAACUUGUCUUUAAUAGAACCAGAAAAAUGAGACAA